AUGGCCUCAACUCUCACCAAACAGUCCCAAAUUCUCAUCGUUGGUGGCGGAACUUGGGGAUGCUCAACAGCCCUCCAUCUCGCUCGUCGAGGCUACACCAAUGUCACUGUUCUCGAUGUUAAUCACAUCCCAUCACCCAUCUCAGCUGGCCACGAUGUGAAUAAGCUUGCAGGCGGGCUUGGCACUUCUGAUAGCAAAGGCGAAGAUGCAGACUCCAUCUGGAAAUCUCUUACGUACGCCGCAGCUCAAGGCUGGCUCCAUGAUCCCGUCUUCCAACCCUUUUGCCACAACACCGGAGCUGUCAUGGCUGGCUCAACACCAAAGUCUAUCAAGCAACUGGUAGAAGAUGAGAUCGGUGACGACAUCAAUCAGUAUACGCCUCUCAAUACAGCAGAAGAUUUUAGAAAGACUAUGCCGGAAGGUAUUCUGACAGGCGAAUUUUCAGGCUGGAAAGGCUUUUACAAGCCCACUGGCUCAGGUUGGGUUCAUGCACGAAAAGCUAUGAAAGCUGCUUUCGAAGAGAGCAAGAGACUUGGCGUGAAGUUCAUCACUGGAUCGCCCGAGGGAAAGGUCGAGGGCCUGAUCUUUGAAGAAGGCGAUGUUCAAGGUGCCAAGACAGCAGAUGGUAAGGAGCACAGAGCGGAUCGAACUAUUCUUUCCGCUGGUGCUUCAGCAGAGUUCUUCCUCGAUUUUGAGAACCAGAUCCGCCCUACUGCGUGGACUCUCGGCCAUAUCCAGAUGACGCCAGAGGAAACGAAGCUGUACAAGAACCUGCCACCUCUUUUCAACAUCAAUCAAGGCUUCUUCAUGGAACCUGAUGAGGACCUCCACCAGCUCAAGAUGUGCGAUGAACAUCCCGGAUACUGCAACUGGGUCGAAAAGCCUGAUUCAAAAUACCCCCAGUCCAUCCCCUUCGCAAAGCAUCAAGUGCCUAUCGAGGCCGAACGACGCAUGAAGCAGUUUCUAAAGGACACCAUGCCUCAGCUUGCAGACCGUCCACUCGUUCAUGCUAGAAUCUGCUGGUGUGCUGAUACACAGGAUAGAAUGUUUCUAAUCACCUAUCACCCUCGACAUCCAUCGCUUGUCAUUGCUUCAGGUGAUUGCGGCACGGGAUACAAGCACAUCACAUCGAUUGGAAAGUUCAUCUCUGAUUGUAUGGAGGGUACACUUGAGGAAAGAUUUGCCAAGUUCUGGAGAUGGCGACCGGAGAAGUUUACUGAGUUCUGGGGUAAAGAUCCCUUGGAUCGGUUUGGAGCUGACGAUAAGAUCAUGGAUCUACCUAGGAGUGAUGCAGAAGGUUGGACGAGUAUCAAGAAUAAUAACUAA